AUGAAUAUAAGUGCAGGAAACAGCUCCGUUGAUAGACGUUCGUUUCUUGAUAGAGGAGCAUAUCAACACCUGGACAACAAUGAUCUCAGGGUGUUAAUUCCUGUGAUUCUGGGCGUCAUCUGUGUUCUUGGUUUUGCUGCAAAUGGAACUGCCAUGGGAGUGCUGGUAACCAACGCACGGAAAGGAAAACUCUCUUUGAUCAAUGCCCUCAUUCUCAACCUCAUGCUGGCUGAUGGUCUGGUCCUGGCGUUUGCCGUUCCUUUCAAAGCAGCUGCUUACUCCAGGUCAAGCUGGACUCUGGGCUGGUUUGUGUGUAAGACCUGUGACUGGUUCCUCCACUCUUGUAUGGCAGCCAAGAGCUUCACCGUGGCUAUCAUGUCCAAAGCAUGCUACAAGUACGUCAGUAACCCUACAAAACAGGUCAGCAUCCAUCUCAAGACUAUCCUGGUGGUUUUGCUUUUCACCUGGCUCCUGGCUUGUGUUGUACCAGUGCCCCACUGGCUGUUUGCCACCCUUCAGCGAGAGGACAGAGGGCUGGUCUGCGCGCAGGUCGUGCCAUCUUAUGCCCACGAUUUCAUGUCGGUGUACGUCAAAGCUUACCCGCUGCUGGCUUUCUGCAUGCCUCUCAGUUUUGCCCUUCUCUAUUUCUGGAGAGCCUACGGACGUUGCCAACGGCGCUGCAGCAAGACGCAAAACCUGCGCACCCAGAUCCGUUCCCGCAAGCUAACCCUCAUGCUGUUCAGCCUGACAGUGGCCAUGGCAACCAUGUGGCUGCCGCAGUGGGUUUCAUGGGUGUGGAUGAGACACGCUCUGGAGAACGAGGGGACCUUCCCGCCCAUCGUCUUCACCCUCUCCACCCAGCUGCUUAUGUUUGGCAUCUCGCUGGUGAACCCGCUCGUCGUGCUGGCUCUGUCCGAGGAGUUUCGCGAAGGCUACAAGGGCCUGUGGCGACGGCUGACCCUCAGGAAACACCCGCCCAAGCAUAAGCCGGGACCUCACGCGCCCACCGCGCCCAAGUCUCCCUGCCCCAGGCCCGAGACGUCGGCCCACCUGCCCCCUCACCAGCCGGGCAGAUCGGAGGAGCCCAAGACGGAGCAGGAGGCGCCGAACGGACAGGAGAGCGAGAGCCCCAACAACAAGGACAGCAUCGUGCCCCCCGACGUGGAGCAGUUCUGGCAUGAACGUGAGACGGGCUCGCUCACCGACGAGAAUGACCCUGUUCCAUGGGAGCACCAAGACCCCAAAGAGGGCAAAAAGUAG